AAAAAACACAAAUCUUGUUUUUAAAUCUUUUUGAAGAGGUAGAAUGAAUUAUAAAUGCUAAAAAGGUUCAAAUCGAAAUCACAAUUCACGUUUCUAGCCCAAAACGAAGCCGAGAGAACCUGCGCUCAAAACAGCGGUAUUCAAUUCAACCUCCAUCGAUCAAAUUCGAUUAUCCUCUCUACUCCGUUCUUCCGGCGAUGUUAACAGUCCGAAGCCAACCCCAAAACACUUCUUUCUAUCCGCUAAUGCCCUUGUGGAAUAUAUCCUACUAAUAUCGACCAAACUCUCUGCACGCACUGUAUUAGGGUUCUUCCGUUAAUCUACCACUUGCCCUCCAAGUUUCUAGCUAGUUAUCAACGAACGCCAUGAAUGCCACAAUUAUAGAUCCGUUGCAGGGGGAUUUCCCAGAAGUGAUAGAAGAGUAUUUGGAACAUGGUAUCAUGAAAUGCAUAGCUUUUAAUCGCAGGGGAACUCUUCUUGCUGCCGGAUGUUCCGAUGGAAGCUGUGUAAUUUGGGACUUUGAAACCCGAGGAAUCGCAAAAGAGCUCCGCGAUAAAGACUGUGUUGCAGCCAUCACCAGUGUCUGCUGGUCAAAAUCCGGUCGCCACAUCCUCAUAUCCGCCGCCGAUAAAUCCUUAAAUCUCUGGGAUGUCAUGAAAGGAGACAAAAUUUACCGAACUACCCUUCAACAAACACCACUACAAGCCCGCCUACACCCCGGCGGCGGUUCACCGGAAUCCACUCUCUGCCUCGUUUGCCCUUUCUCCUCCGCUCCCAUGAUCGUCAAUCUCCAAACCGAAACCACCACAACACUUCCAAUUUCAUUCUCUGGCGGCACCACCACCGCCACCACCGGAGCUCCACCACGAAACAAAUUCUCCGACGGGUCCGCACAUUACACGCCAACCGCCGCCUGUUUCAACAAACACGGGGAUUUAGUUUAUGUCGGGAAUUCAAUCGGAGAAAUUCUUAUAAUCGAUCACAACAAGAAUCUUGUUCGCGGGGUGGUGGCGGUUUCCGGUGGGGCGGUGAUAAAGAACAUAGUGUUCAGUCGGGACGGUCGCCACCUUCUCAUAAACUCAAGCGACCGGACAAUUCGUGUAUAUGAAAACCUCUUACCCUUAAAAGAUUCACUCAAAUCCCUCAAUGAGAUGAUCUUUGAUAACACUCUUGAUGAGGGUGAAAUCGUAAAAAGCGCAGGGGUGAAAAGUUUGUUGCUUUUCCGGGAGUUUCAAGAUUCGAUCACGCGAGUGCAUUGGAAGGCUCCGUGUUUUAGUGGUGAUGGGGAGUGGGUGGUGGGUGGGUCUGCUAGUAAAGGGGAGCAUAAGAUUUAUAUAUGGGAUAGGGCUGGACAUUUGGUGAAGAUUCUAGAAGGUCCAAAAGAAGCUUUGAUGGAUUUGGCAUGGCAUCCGGUUCAUCCAAUGGUUGUAUCCGUUUCUUUAACGGGUUUGGUUUAUAUUUGGGCUAAAGAUUAUACAGAAAAUUGGAGUGCAUUUGCUCCGGAUUUUAAAGAACUUGAGGAGAAUGAAGAGUAUGUGGAAAGAGAAGAUGAGUUUGAUUUGAUGCCUGAAACCGAAAAGGUGAAAGAUUUGGAAACGAAUGAAGAUGAUGAAGUUGACAUUACAACUGUGGAGAAAGACUCUGCAUUUAGUGAUUCCGAUCUCUCUCAAGAGGAACUCCGAUUCUUACCCGCGGAUCCGUUUCCGGAUGUUUCCGAGCAGCAGGAGAAACACACCGCAAGUAAUUCCAAACUCGGUGAUAGCAAGAAUUCUGAUUCCCCUCUUUCAGAAGAAACCGGGGCAAUGAAUCAUGAUUCCAGUCAAAUCGAAGGAAUGGAGAAUUCCGGUGGUGAAGAUGGGGGAAUGACAUAUUUGAAGAGAAGGCGAAAGCCGUCUGAGAAGGUGUUGGAAUUGCAAGCACAGAAAGUUAGGAAACCGUUGCCGAAAGCGAAAGGUGGUUUGGGUAAAUCAUCAAAAACAAAAAGUAGAAUUGGGAAUGGAAUUGGAAUUGAACAAGAACAGGAUAUGAAUAACUUUGGGGAUGAGUUUGGGAUUGAUGAUUAGUUAAAAGGGAAUGUAAUAAGCUAAUAAUCAACAACUUAUUGUAGUUUAAAGAUUGGACUUGGUUUUAUGUAGUGGUAUCAACCACACGAAAGCUUUUUAAUGCUGUUUUUUCAUAAAAAAGCGCAAAAAAAAAUGCAUCGUAUCUUCCAUAACAUAACGG